AUGAAUGGAUGCUCCAUGGCCUCCCAGGGAGCUUCCAUCAUACCAGACAGGCCGCUGAAGUGGACCAAGAUACACAACACUCGGUCGCAUGCUCGCGAGCCUCAGCCAUCCGACUCGACUCCGAUGUCCACCCAGCCACCAACGCAGUCGGUCGAAGUCGUUUCCCACGAGAUUUCCUCUGGUAAGGACAGCGCAUCCCAGGGCAUUGUACCGAAUCUCGUCAUACCGGGAGAAUCAACACCAGAGCCCGUCGUCUCAGAGAUGGUCUCUCCCCAGCUCGGGCCGUGCAAAGCAUGCGACGAACAGCCCUGUGGGCACCUGCGACACUUUUCAGUCCAGCUUGACGAAGAAGAUGUUGAGAUGCUCGACGCAACGGAUGAAGUCAACAUCGCCAUGAACAACUGCAUUCAGGCCAACAGGCUCUACGACACCAUUCUCAUGGCCGAGAAACCGGAGCUAGCUAAGAAGAUGGCGAAGAAGGCGGUCGAUAUCGCGCGAGAUGGGGCAGCAUUCGUAUCUGAUUUUCGGAACCUUGUCGAACUCAACAUGAAUUGGAUGAAGAAUUUCCCGACACUCGAGAACGCAGGGGACUUUGACCCGGUUCUUGUCACCAUUCCCGCAGAGGACAGAGAGGAGAUGGAGAUGCGCGCUCUGGUCAAGCCUCUCAGCAGCUACUUUUGGAACAUAACGGCGUUGAUCGAGUCUUUGAACCUCCAGACCAUACUUGUGGCAGGUGUCACCGAGGAGAAGGCGGCAAAAUGGAUGUUCGACGCACGGUGUGACGCGCUGAAGAAUGCUCAAGAUGCAGAGCGGGAGUUCAACACCGUGAUCGAGAGGUCCUUCCAGUAA